AUGGCAUCCAUCGAGCCUUCGUCCAUCUCUGGCGUUUACGAGUGUUGUAGCGGUGAGGUGGGAGGACACACACAAGACGAAGUGAAUGUGAAAAAUACGUUCAGAAGCUUCCAAGAGCCAUGGAGCGCCAUCUACAGAGACGACGAAAAUUGGCACAAUUCUGAUAGAUGCCGCGUAGCAAAGGCGUUGUUGCAGCUGAAAGCCGGUUGUGGUGGUGGGCUGCCGAAUGCCUCCGAUGUCGACAGCACUACCAUAGGCUCGCUACCUGCCUGCAAAAGGUUGGUUCCCUCAAGCCAUGCAUCAGUACAAGACGGCAAUCUCGAGUUUCUGCACAUGUCGCAAGAUUCAUGGUCAACUAUGCCGAGGCCAAGCCUCGAGACAAGGAGACUGGGCGUGAACGGAACGAUGAAGCCGGUUGACCGUUUGAUCCCACACAAAACGCCGCUGCCCAGUCUCGAGAGCACUGUUUACGACGAAGCUGAGAAGGAAAGGCUCACGUACAAGACAGACCGAUAG